UCUUCCCAACCCGGCAGAUCCAUCCCGAACAACAAAUGAAGCCACAAAAAGAAGCUGAAGCAGAGGUUCGCUCGUGGGGUUUCUCUCACGUUUUUACCUGGUCUGACGGGCCCAACUCAUACUAUCCUCCUCACUCACACGCGGGCCUCACUACGCACCUUAUACUCCGCGGGCAGCUCACGAUUGCAUACCCGGACGACAAGGAAGCCAACAACGGUGACGGCGACAGCGAGCAGCAGCAGCAACAACAAAAGAAGAAGACGACGUACAGCGUGGGUGACCGCAUCGAUGUGGAUGCCGGCCGCGUCCAUGAGGUCUGGACUGGCCCGGAGGGAUGCACCUAUGUGAUUGGCGAGUAGGUAGCCUGUUGAUGCUUUCAUAGCAACAAGGUACCUCACCUCCUGCGCCGGAACGAAGUCUUCGAUUUCCGUCUGGGUCUGGGCAGUUAAGGAUGAGGAUGCGGUCGGCGUCAAUCUUCCGGGACGCGCGGCGCUGCGGCCGUCAUUGGCGGGCCAUGAUCAACUGGAGAAGGAUCAUUUGCGCGUCGUUAUAAUGUUGCUGGCGUGUUGUGUUUUGAGAGUCCGUGACAUGAAUCGUCAUUGCAUUCCACCCCAGCUUUUUGAGUCGACUAACCGUG